AUUAGCCACUUGCUGCACGUUGCGCGCUGCGAACCAAACAACCCCCAGCCAGCCAGCCAGCCGGCCAUACGACAGUCUUCUGUCUGUGUCACAUCACACAUCACGAAGAGCACAGUCUCUCCCUUCCCCUCUCUCCAACCGAGAACAGCACAUCACCACAGCUGGGUGGGACCGCUCGCCCCAAACCAUGAGCAGAGGGAGCAGCGAAAGUGCUGAUGCUGGUGUUUGCAACGCGGCACCAUGCACACCAACAACAGCAGCAUCAUCAGCAACAACCACAGCAACAACACCGGCCGUGGCGGCAAGAACGAGCGAGCAGCAGGUGACACCGCGGUGGGUGCAUUUUGUGAGCGGUGGUGUCGGCGGCUGCAUCUCCGCCACAGUGACAUGCCCGCUGGAGGUGGUGAAGACGCGCAUGCAGUCGUCCCUCUACACAUACACGGAGCAAGCGACGCGCGAUGCGGCCAGGCGUGCCCAGAUGAGCGCAGCUCGCCGCAGCCUCUACGCGUUCAGUCAAACGGCGUAUGCGCUACGGGAGACGGCGGCGAAGGAAGGCGUGGCCGGCCUGUGGCGCGGACUGGGCCCCAUGCUGCUGGGCGUCGUGCCUGCACGCUCCAUAUACUUUCUCGCAUACUCGCAGCUCAAACCACACAUCAGCAGCGCCACCGGUGUACCCGUUGGACACUGGGCCACGCACCUCUCGGCCUCCGCCUGUGCGGCACUCUGCUCCACAACAGUGGUGAGUCCCAUCUGGGUUGUGAAGACACAGGUGCAGCUGCUGUCUGUUGCUCGGGAGGAGGCUGCGAAACACGGCAACAGCGGUGCCAAUGCCACUGGUGGUGGCGGUGGCAGUAAAGGUGCGGCGACCUCGCUGUCAAAUGCGCGGGCGGUGGCAGCGAACAUCUGGAGAACUGACGGUCUCCGCGGCUUCUUCCGUGGUUGGACAGCAUCAGCAGCAGGCGUUGUUGAGACUGCGAUUCAGUUCACGAUUUACGAGCAGAUGAAGGCGCGGCUUGUCAACCCUGAGAGCAGCAUGCACGGGCUGCAAACGUUUGGCGUGAGUGCGUUGGCCAAGUUCUGUGCCAUUAUGCUGACGUAUCCGCACGAGGUGCUGCGCACACGCCUGCGACAGGAGAUGCACGAAGGUCCACGGAAGUACCGAGGCUUCUUCCAGACACUCAUGCUCGUGUAUCGGGAGGAGGGCGCGCGGGCGCUGUAUCGGGGCAUGGCAGCGCACAUGAUGCGGUCUGUCCCCAAUGCAGCCAUCCUCAUCCUCAGUUACGAAGUCGGCUUGCGUCUCUUCCUCUCUGCAACAGAACACAGCGAUGAGCACAGCAAGUAGCACCAGCAAGCAAGCCAAGCAAGCUGAUGUGUUUGUAGAUAAUUGUUGUUAACAUAAACAAUAUUCGGCAG